AUGUGUGGUGCACCAGCAAGAACUGUUGGGUGGCGCGACCCAGGAUACAUACACACUAGUUUCCUGAAGGAGUUGUGGCCUAACAAAGAGUACACAUACAAGCUGGGGCAUAGAUUAGUUAAUGGCACAACAGUUUGGAGUCGAGAAUAUCAGUUUAAAUCAUCUCCUUAUCCUGGUCAAAAUUCUGUACAACGCGUGGUUAUAUUCGGUGAUAUGGGAAAGGCAGAAGCUGAUGGCUCCAAUGAGUAUAACAAUUUCCAGCCGGGUUCACUCAAUACAACGAGUCAGAUUAUUCAAGACUUGAAGGACAUAGAUGUAGUCUUCCACAUUGGUGAUUUAUGCUAUGCUAAUGGAUACCUUUCACAAUGGGACCAAUUUACUGCACAGAUUGAGCCAAUUGCAUCAAGAGUUCCUUAUAUGACUGCAAGUGGCAAUCACGAACGUGAUUGGCCAGAAAGUGGAUCAUUUUAUGGGACCUUGGAUUCAGGUGGUGAAUGUGGCGUGCUUGCUCAAACCAUGUUUUAUGUUCCUGCUGAGAAUCGGGAAAAAUUCUGGUACUCUGUUGACUAUGGCAUGUUUAGAUUCUGCAUAGCUCACACGGAACUUGAUUGGAGAAAAGGAACAGAGCAAUAUGAGUUCAUCGAAAAGUGCCUAGCAUCCGCUGACAGACAGAAACAGCCAUGGUUGAUAUUCCUUGCACAUAGGGUACUUGGUUAUUCUUCUGCGGAUUUCUAUGUUGCAGAAGGCACGUUUGAAGAACCAAUGGGAAGGGAGGACCUUCAAAGUCUAUGGCAAAAGUAUAAGGUCGACAUAGCCAUGUAUGGACAUGUCCAUAACUAUGAAAGAACAUGCCCAAUCUAUCAGAAUAUAUGCACAGAUCAAGAGAAGCACAACUAUAAGGGCUCGUUGAACGGGACGAUACAUGUAGUGGUUGGGGGAGGAGGAGCGGCUUUAGCUGACUUUGCCCCCAUAAACACCAAAUGGAGUAUCUUUAAAGACCAUGAGCUUGGAUUUGUGAAACUCACAGCAUUUGAUCAUUCAAAUUUGUUGUUAGAGUACAAGAAGAGUAGUGAUGGACAAGUUUAUGACUCUUUUAAGAUAUCAAGGGAUUAUAGGGACAUCUUGGCUUGCACUGUUGAUAGUUGCCAAAGUACAACAUUAGCAUCUUGA